AUGAAGUAUACUCUCUGGAAUAUGUUUAUAGACCAGACUUUCAAAUCCAUCCCGGGUGUUGUCACCAAGAACUUGGAAGGUCGGACAGUAGUUGUAACUGGGGCGAACGGAGGCAUAGGAUUCGAGACGGCGAAGCAUUUCGCUAAGAUGAACCCAGCGCGGGUAAUCAUAGCCUGCAGAAAUCAAAAGUUCGGCGACGAAGCAGCAACAAAGAUCAAACAGGACACCGGAUUUUCCAACGUUGAGGUCUGGCUACUCGAUCUGGCCAGCUUCGCCUCUGUCAAUGCCUUUGCGGAGAAAUACGAAAAGGAAGGUGGGAGAUUGGAUAUCCUAGUGGAAAAUGCCGCAACAAUACCAAAUGGCAAAAUGGUACUCACAGACGAUGGAUGGGAGUCCGUAUUCCAAGUCAACAACUUAUCGACAUCGCUACUUGCCCUCCUUCUUCUCCCUCGAAUGUUGGAGACGGCAAAAACGCACCAAACAACUCCGCGUCUAGUUGUCGUUUCAAGCGGCGUGCAUUUUUGGACCAAGAUCGAUGACUCGGUUAUCAAGAGUGAAAAUCCUCUAAAAGCGUUCGGAACUUCUCCUAAAUAUCUAGGGCGUGCAACCAAUUCGAUUGCGGCAAAACGAUACUAUGACACCAAACUACUCAACCUCUUCUUCGCUCGAGCGCUUGCAGAUCGUCUACGGGGCCAGCCAAUAAUCGUCAACAGCGUCGAUCCAGGAUACGCCUACUCGAAUCUCCGCAGAAAUCUCAAAGGAAUCAUGGCGAUCGUCGACUGGCUUAUGGAAAAAGCUGUCGCUAUAACGUCUGAACAAGCCAGUCGCCAGCUAAUAUAUGCUGCAGUGCAUGACCCUCCCGUCGCUAAUGAUCUUCGCGGGGCGUAUAUCAUGCAAGGCAAGAUUUCGGAACCUAGCGACUAUGUGAUUAGCCGCGAGGGAAUCUCUGUUCAGAAUAUAUUAUGGGACAAUCUAAUUGAGGAAUUGACAAAAGUCAAUCCAGACGUUGCCCAGGUUGUAAAAGAGCACUUGCGAGAACCACCAACAAACACGCGUGUCUAUUAG